AUGUUGACCACUUUGAAACUUUUGCAGUAUUUAUCAAACUCUGCCCUUGCUAAUACUAGUGUGGCCAGUACGACAGUGUUGACUUCAACAUCAGGGCUCUUCACUCUAUUCUUUGCAGCUCUCAUUGGUCAGGAUUCCAUAAAUGUUGCUAAGGUUCUUGCUGUAUUUGUUAGUAUUGCUGGUGUUCUCAUGACCACCAUUGGGAAAACAUGGGCUUCGGAUGAAAUGCUGAGUGCCUCUCAGAGUAAAAGACAUAGCAUCAUUGGAGAUUUUUUUGGUCUUCUCUCAGCAGUGUCCUACGGCUUAUUUACGGUGCUACUAAAGAGAUCUGCUGGAUCAGAUGGAGAGAGAGUUGAUAUGCAGAAGAUUCUUGGAUAUAUUGGACUUUUUACUCUUCUUGGCCUUUGGUGGAUUAUAUGGCCACUUAAUGCUCUUGGAAUAGAACCGACUUUCGAAUUUCCAAGUUCAGCAUCCAUCAAAGAAGCUGUGCUGUUAAAUGGCUUAGUGGGGAGCGUUAUUUCAGAUUAUUUAUGGGCGCUUUCUGUGGUGUGGACUACGCCAUUAGUCGCGACACUUGGCAUGUCCUUGACAAUCCCCUUGGGAAUGCUGGCUGACAUGCUUAUCCAUGGCCGUCACUACUCUGCAAUCUACAUCCUUGGAUGCGUCCAGGUGUUUGCAGGUUUUGUCAUUGCUAACCUCUCUGAUAAGUUUGGGGGUAACAGAAGAUGAAGUGCUUUACCAACUACAUGACCUUAACCUUUUGACAACGCUGGAAGAAAGUUAAUUUUUCCUAUACAGAAUAUUAUCUAUGUGUUAAUAUGAUUAGGUGAUAGAACUAUAUUCCCAUAUUUUUCGUGGUCAGUAUGUAAAGUGUGUGAGGGCUGCAAUGUUAUGCAUGCCUCUUUCUUCAACAUCCUAUUGCCUAGUGUUAAUUAAGGUGUAAUCUUGGAUACUUGUUUUAGUAUUCUGGAACAAUGUUUGGUCCUUAGUCCUUUUCUGAUGGAAAGCUGCAAAUGUGAAGUAAAUCCUCUAGCUUAUUACCAGCAAUUCUCAUAAUUGACCUA